AGACCGUUGUCCCGGCCGAGCUUUCCCCGGUGUUCCCGCCAACAGCUGUGAGUUUGCCCGGUACCCUGCUGCGAAACUUUACAUCACGGUUCCUGGUUUCUUGCUGUAGGAUCCCAAAGACAACAUAGAUCUACAGGAGACACCUCAUGCCUCUUUUCAUUUGGAUCUGGCCUGCAGACGUCGACAUCUGGUCAGCUGGCAAAAUUCCCAGAACGUAGAAUUGGAGUGCCGAGACUGGGGGCUGCACUGCUCCAUUGCACUCUCUCCCUCUUUCUUUCUCUCUCUCUCUCUCUCUCUCUCUCUCUCUCUCUCCCUCUGUCUCUCUCUCUCCUCGCAUGAGUGCUUGGUCUAAACGUGCAACACAGGAACUGCAGCGGCAGAUAUGAACCUCUCAGUUGUCCAGACUUCACAAGCGUGUAGAACUCCAAGAUGACGGAUGAGCAUUCAGUCGUCGGACAAAUGAAGAGAUAAGAAAGAGAGGGAAAUAAUCCUGUGCUUCAAGAUUCUGUUACCAGAGGCUCAUUGAUUCUGACUGAAACAUCAUGUGUCUAUGUCACAGACUGUGCAGAUAAGGACCGACAUGCUGAACUAGCCACACCGGCAUCAUGACUGAAGAGACCAAACAGUCCUUGGCUGCCAAAGAGCUGGAUAAUGAGUCUAAACAGAAAGAUAAGACUGCUAUGGAGCACAAAAGCUUAAAAAAGUCCCCUGAGCACUUUCAAAAUAGGAGUCUGGAGCCACAGGCAGUGAACAAUCUUGCUAAAUUUGCUGAAAAAGAGAGGGACAACACACAGCAACGUGAGGCUGUUAUUCGGCCACAGCAGGCUGGAAAGAUCGAUUUUAAGUCACUACAGAAUCAUUCAUUCAACAGCAACAGGACAUGGCCUAGCGGCAAGGACAGCCCUCAGUCUCCAAGUGGCAAAAGUCGAAAUAGAGAUAAGAGUAGAAAGUCGGGGAAAGGAGAGCGUGGCAACCCGCAGCAGCUGUACAGACUGAGUAUUACUAAUCCACGCUCAAAUCCCACAAUCGGGAUAGCCUAUCCUCAGCAGAAGGUCUCACCUCCAAAGAAGAUCGAGUCCAGCAGGGGCCCUGUCUCAGGCAGCUACAGGUUCCAUGUGCCAAGUAUUCCAGAGCGAGAGGUAGAACUGCAGCAAGAGGAGCUACAGUUCAGAUGUUUCCAGGAGGGCUCCCCCAACCUUACCUCUCAAAGCUAUACCUCACAGGCAAUUGGCUCCACCUCUGUAGGACCUGCUCAACAGAAUCCACCAUCCACCCCACAACAACAGAAACCCAGCUCAAUCGAGACCACCACCACCACACCUGGCAAUGAAAAUGUAUUUCCUGACUUUCAACUAAGUGAAACAGACACGUGGCAGUCUCCUGAUAGGACUUUUAGAAACUCUAAUUUUGGAAUACCUUCACAAAAGCCAAACAACCUUGUGGACUUAAACAAGGCCAAUGGUGGUUUUAUGCCUUCACCAUUUCAGUAUGGGUACCCACUGUUAGAGGACUCAGCCUCAGAUUCUUUUACCUGCAAUCAGAAUACCCAGUCGCAUGACUACAUUGAUAUUUCUCUUACCCCUAACCAGGUUUCCCAUAAUUCUUUUACCUUUCAAUCCUCUGCAGAGAGUCAUGAGGUCAUGCAAACUAGCACACAGUUUGGUAAUGAUCAGACAGAGGAUAAACAGUCAUAUACAUCACAUCCUAAACCACCCCAAUACAUGCAGACAGCACAUGGUGUGCCACCUUCUGUCCCCACCAAUGAUGAAAGCUCGGUAUCAAGUAUUCACCAAUCAGAGCUGAGUAAGAGUGUUCAAGAUAAAUCAGAUUCUUUUAAUCCGACAGACAACCGAGACACAGGCCUCGCAGUAGGGGGCAAGGCAGGCUGCCAUCAUAAAAAUGGCUCCACUAGCCAGAGAGUUCUUGUUCAAGGUCUACAUCAUAUCAGAAAUAUUGCACAAGGUCCUAGUUCCCAGAUACAUGUAAUUAGCCCUCCACAUCAUGGUAUUCAAAUUGGCUCAAUGGCUCUUGACAAAGGUGUCAGUAAACACCAUAGUAGGGUUUCACACCCAUGGGAGGGACCAAACAAAUCUUUUCAACCACCACUUAUAGAUCACACCCCGACACCUUACCCUUUUCAGUACCAGCCUUCUCCAGAACAAAAACAAAACACUGGCAUUAGCGGUCGUAUGCCAUGGCAGCAAAUAUGCUAUACAACUGCCAUGCCAAACCAGAAUAGGAUUGAUCUUACCAGGCAAUUAAGCAAUCAGCAGCUCACUUUUUUGAUAGGCCCAUCAGACUGGCAAGAUGACAGUAAGCCAAACAAAAAUAGCAACCAGAAAAGUUCUAACAAUAUUAUUAACAAGACGACAAAUGAGGGCUUCUCACACCAAAGGCAAGACAAUGUCAAACAAGGUUGCAACACAAUUCCACAGAGUCAUUUUACAAACAAGGUAGAAACAAAUCAAAGCCAGGUGGGUAAUUCCAAGAACAAGUCAUUAUACUUUGGUAUUAACCACUCAGGACCUGUGACAUCAUCAGGAAACUUUAGCUACCCUCCUUUACAUGUAGCACCAGUAGGGCUGAGGAUGGUGUCUCCAUAUGACUCUCCUACACAUUCACCUACUCAAAAUCCAACACCUAGCAGUACAUGCUCUUCACUCUCCCCAGCAUCCACAAACUCUAUUAACAGUAACUCUGAUGACAGCCAGAUUUCCAAAGUUCUAUCACCUCAGUUUUAUCAACAGCAACAGGAUAAAGCAUUGAUAUCAUCCAAUAUCCUGAACAAUAGCCAGCAUCACUACCAUUCAGAAGCUUCCAAAGGCCUGCACUAUAAACAAGAAAGAACCAAAGAGAACAUUUUAGGUUUCAUACCAAAUAACAGGCACUCAAAGGCCAACAUGGACAAUGCAAAGGGCUGUUUAGACACCUACAGAACAGAACACCCUCCCCCACCUCCAUACUCUGCACACCAACUAUCAUUAGCCACAGCAAACCUUGACCAGCUGGAUGUGCUUUUGACAUGCAAGCAAUGUGAUCAGAAUUUUAACAACCUUGCUUCUUUUCUUGACCAUAAGCAAUACUGUGGACAGCAUACAUUUGCACAAAAUGACUUAAAAGAUUUGCCAAAAGUGGAGGACAUAAGGAAAUUUCAGACAGACCACACAAAAGCUGUGUCAUCUGGAUCCAGUUAUGCAAUUGUACGCAGUUCUUCUGAUUUGCAUCUGUCUCUGCUUGGACUGAACAAGAAUGGGGAGAUAGUGCCAGAUAAUGAAACAAAAGGAGAUAUAAAAGAUGACCCAAUGAAACUGAUGUUGCCGUCUGCACCCCUGCCUGAUUUAGAGAUGGAAGAUCCUAAACUGGAUAGCCUUAUCACAGAGGCUUUAAAUGGACUAGGUUAUCAGUCUGACAAUGCAGAGAUUGACAGCAGCUUUAUUGAUGCAUUUGUUGACGAUGACCUCACCACUACCAAAUGCACAUCAACAAGACAAGGUCUGACAAUCAAAGACUCCACAGUGUUUGACGGGAGAACUAACAAUGAAUUAACGACCAAAGCACAUGACAAAUAUCCAUUUGAUUCAGACUUGGAGAGCCUAAGGUCUGACAGAAAACAAACAAACAAACACCAACAUCAAUCAGUGCAAAAUAAGGAAACCUCUCCAAAAGAGUGCCAGUCACAAGAAUCCCUCAAACUAAUUGAGUGGGAAACAAAAAAGUCAGAGAAAAAAGAACAGGAAAAUGACUAUGGUUCUAAGUUCCUUUUAUCAAGCAAGUUUUCUGCAAGAUGUGGGCUUAACAGAUUGAAAAACAGCACAUCAUUCGUUAAAUGUCCCAGAUCCACCUCUGUCACCAAAAGUUCUUCCACUCACAAACCAAUAGCAACAGAGGGAAAAAGGAAAAGAAGUGGUGGUGGAAGCUGGAGCAAAGAGCUCAUUCACAAAAUUGUUCAACAAAAGAACAAGUUGCACAAGCUCCAUGUAAAAGGCACUAAAAACAUGCAAUUCUCACUUGUGAUGGAGAGAGUGACUCCUGCAGUACAGACACCCACUUUCCGGGAGUAUGACUAUGUUUCAGACUCGGAUGAGGACUGUGAGCCUGUCAAGAUAGCCAGUCAGGGACGCCUUAGUCAGAGCAUUCGCUGCAAGUACACAUACACUAAAGAGUGCAAGGGUAGGAUACGUGCCGACAAGAGCCGGGAAAGUUCAUGGAAACAAAACAAAAAUGAGUGCUUUGAAGCUAAAAAAGCUUUAGACACCUCUCCUUCCUUAAUGCAAGAAAGCCCUGGUUACCAGAGAUUGCGAAGACGAAGCAGUAGGUCUUCCACAAGCAGUGAACUCAGCACAUCUAUAAGUAUUUGUAGCGAUAGCAUGAGUAGCCCCAAGAGUAUUGAUCAUACGGAUUCAGACUCUGAGAAAAGAAUGGAAAUACACAGAAAAGAUCAAGAAUCACUUCAGCAGAAUGGGUAUGAGGAUUCUCCGCCAAGGAUACGGAAAGAGUCUAGUACAUCACUGGCUUUGACCUUCACAAAAAAUACAAAAAGGUACAGCACUGAUAAAAUAUUACUCACUGAACACAAGGACAGUUUCACUACUUCAAAAUGUUCAAGUAUUUUCUGCAAGACUGAAGAGACUGCAUCUGAACGUACAAUGACCAAAAGCACUGUGAGCCUUGCAAGAUUCAAAACAACUCGAGUGGAAAUAGAGGAAAAAGGGGACCACUAUGGAUUUGAGACAGAAGUUCUUUCCACCACAGAAGAGCCUUUCAAAAAAGAUUAUACAACAGAACCCACCAACAACAGAGAAUCCAACCAUGUUUUUAAACUCAAAAAAGAUGUUUCAUCAAAGGGAAAAGCCCACAAAAAGAGAACAAACAGUUCUGAAUCCUCUGGAACAAUUUUGGAGAAAAGUAGCAAUGACAAUCCGUCCAGUGAAGAAGCCAAGAGAAGCUCAAGUCAUCCAUUUUCUGAACCCCCACCUGUUUGCAGUUCUUCCACGGAAAAAGUCUGUUCAUCACCUUCAAAAAUCCAUGAUGUUUCACCACAGAAAGAUGGGCCAUGUCUAAUGCCUUAUCCUUCAGAUCAUGAUCAGAGUCUUAUAAAGUCACCACUUUCUUUUGACACAACAUCAAUGUUUGGUGACCUUUCCGUGGGAGGUUUUGAGAACAAUCUUUAUCCAGAUAUUCAGCUUUCCAAAGAGAGCUUUAGCCCUUCGGAAACCACAGCAGAUAAGAAGGAACUGUUUGAAUCCCCAUUCUCACCAUUCUUUGAGCAAAAGGAUUGGAAUCUGAUGGUUGAUGUUACUCCUGUGCUACCAGAUGAGAUACAGUACAAAGAUGACUCAGACUCGAAUGAGAAUAAGACCAAUUUUAAUCAUGUACCCUUUUCUUUGCCAGAGAAAUUAAUGGACUACAAUGAAAAACUCAACAGCACUGUGUCAGUUGAUGAUCUGGAAAUAAAAAGGAUUGUUACAGAGCUUGAGAGUCAGCUCCAAACAGCCAAUCUGAGCAGUCCUCCGCCAUUAGACAGUGAACUACCUAAACAGCUAACCAUGAGCAAAUUCUCUCCACUUAGACUUGACCCUGAAAGUGAAGAUGAAGACAGCAGUUUGGAGAUGAAUUGUCCCUCAGAUAAAUUACCAAUUGACCCACCUGUAGAAUCAGAUUCUGCACUGUUCUCAGAUCCAGAUUUACCUUGGAGCAGCCCUCUCCAGUUUAGCAUAAUGUGUGGACAGCAAGGCCUUCAUACUCCAACGCAUGCCUCUGCCAUCAACACACCAAUUGAUUCAGAUCAUGAUGAUUUGGAUUUAAAGGACAGCACACGGCUCAGUGAUUCAAAGACAGAAAAUUGUUCAUCUCUGCAUCUAGAGGACAAAAAUGAAGAGAAUAGGUUCUUGGACCUUUCCACCAACAAGUCAGAAGAGAUGCUUGAACAAAAAAUGUACACAGAAAAUCUGAUGAAGAGCCUGGAAGUGAUCUCAGAUUCUUUGUCCUCAGGGUUUACGUCACCUCAUUUAUCUCCUAAUCAAGAUUGCAGGGUUCUUGAGGAACAUGAGAAACAAAACAGUGGACACUCAGAAUGCACCGAUGAGUCAGAAAAAGUGGAAUCUACAAGUUCAAAACCAGAAGUGACAGAGCUCUCAGUGGACACAAACAUAUUUUCAGGUCAAAUAGAUAAGUUAACAACCAUUGACACUGCUGGAACAAAAUCAGACAAUGUAAUUAAAGAGAGCCUUGAUGAUAGUAAUGUCACUCUUCAUAUUGAAGAAUUAGUUGUUAAUGAACAACAGCUUGCUGAGGGCUCCUUCGAGAGUCUUCAAAAUAAAUGCUUUGAGGGCUCAUCAAACGAAAUUGACCCUGAAGUCUCCAUAUAUAAACACAAUGAUUGUGACUCUUUAGUUGACCAGACUGAAAAGGCUGAGAGUGAAACAAACUUUGAUGUAAAAGAGUCCAUGAAUUUUACACACAGACUACUGCUCAACAAAACUGCUACAUUUUCAACAUACAAAGCCAUAUCAAAAGAUGAAAACAUCAUGGCUGUAGAAGGACACAAAUAUGAUGCUAAGGAAUCAAAUAUAGCACUAGAACCUAUUUCUGAAGGGAAUGAACACACAUCUGACAUAACAGAGGGAGCAACAGACAACCCCUCUGAAAUGGUCAACCGGGUACCCCUUUCAAGUAUCAAGUCUCCUUGUAGUGAAAACCAGUUGUCAACACAUUCACAACACAAUAGAAUUUCUGAAAUGAAUUCACAACAGGUCCCUUCUCCGAAAGAGCAUUCUGAGGUUCACAAUAACCAUGACUGUACAGGCAGUGUGCAAGAAGCAACGACUGAUAUCUCAUUGUUUCCUGCUAAAUCAGAAUGUGAAGAGAAUCAACAAAAUAUUCCUCCAACUAUGACUCAGUCCCCUCAGUUUUCCAGCAACUCUGUCCAAAGUCCUUCUGAGCUAAGAGAUAACAGUAUACUUCCAGGUGGUUUGAAUGAUGUUAGCACAGUUAACCCUGCAAAGAGUGAAAACAGACCAGCAUUAGAAGACAAAAAAUCAAAAGACAUAAAUACUGGGACAUCAGUAGAUACAUUUGAUUCACCAGCAACAGGGUUCGAUAAUUCAUUUAUUCCCCCUCUGGAUUUGGUAGAAAUCUCAGAAAGGAACAUGUCUAGCCCAAGAAAACUAUUGGUGGAGGACAGCAUCUCAGAACAGCCUUCAAGUGAGACUCCUGAGCAUUCCGAGGAAUUGGAUGGCUCUCAAGAAAAGAGUCCACUGUAUGAUUUGAAAUUAAGCCCUCUAAAUUACAGUGAAACCUGUUUCAAUGACUACAACUUUACCUCUAAAUGUUUAAACAAAGAUGAUGACCAGUAUGAUAUCAAAUCAAGCUCCAAAGACAAUUUAAUUCUCAAUGCCUGUGCUCUCUCCCUUGAAAAAACAUUGACAUCCAGCCCACCUCAUAAUCCAAGUGAAAAUGAGCCAACUAUACAGGACCACUUGGCUAGACUUGACAUACCUGAUAUGUCUAUUAAUGACAAUAUGAAUCACAAUGUCAAAUAUUCAAGUAUUCCAAUUUCCUGCAGUAGCUUUGUUGAAGAAGUCACUCCAGUUGACUCUGUACAGUUCACAAAACUUAACCAAAAUGAGAUAAAUGGUUGUCAUGUUCCACUUGAAACAGUUGAUUUCAUGAAUAUGCACCUGAGUCUUCUGAAGAAAACAGAUUCUGAGAAGCUGGAAAAUCUGAUGAUCCCCACUGAGCAUGAUGUAUUGUUAAGAUCCACUGUGCUGGAUAAGGACUUAAAACCAAUAUCCAUUGAUCUUACAUGCCCAUCUGUCCACCAGUCUUUAAAGCAAAAUGAGACAAAAACCUCACCUAAAAAGGGUAGCACACAUAAUGCAGUUCAAGGGAAAUUUCAGUGUGAAAUAUGUACAAUGUUCUUUCGCACUCUACCUGGACUUAAAAGACACAAAGCCAUGAAGCAUGUGGUAAAAACAGGAAGGGUUUCAACUACUGAAAAUCUAAAUAUGAGCAGUCAAGACUUCGUGCCCACUUAUCAUGCGUCACAACCAAUGGAAAGAGCUCUAAAAGAGAGCAUGGAUGUUAUGGAUCCAGCUGCUUUUCUGAAUCCAAAGAUAGAUGAAAUUUCAGUUGGACAAGGACAGCAAGUACAGUCACCUUUGAUGUUUGAAGGAACUGGUGAUGCUGGCAUGUCAAACAUCCCAGUAAAGUAUGAUCUGAAUCAGACCACAGUUGUAAAUGCAAAAGCAAACAAUAAUAAAACAGCAAAGAAUAACAAUAUGGACAUAAGCAAUGAACUGUUUGCUCCAAAAAUGGUAAAGCAAGACUCUUUUUCAGAUGAAAUACUUAAUAUACUUAAAGCAGAUAUAUUGCAGGCUAUCUCUCCAAAUUUCCCCUCUUUGAUGCAACAAAAUUGUCCUAAGCUACCUGAAAAGCAGGGCCUAAAGAGCAGCCAGAGCUAUCAUGAAGUCAAAGUGAGCGAAGAACAGAAAGACAUGGAAACUGUCAGCACCAAAGAGCAAAAGGACAAAUCUACAAAACGAGUUGGCCAUGAUGAUGAUGUUGUGACAACAUACUGUGAUGUUAAUCCUACAUAUGUUCACACAGAAGCUGUCCAUUAUCCACCUGAUGAUUCUUCCAUUGAUAUCAAGUGUGAAAACACCUGUUCUCCCAAAGACAGCCACACGCUUAUUGGUACUUCAGGACUAGAACCUGAUCUUAACAAUUUCUAUGAUGAUGAAAGCACUUUUUCUCAAUUAUUCCCAAGAAAUGAUGACAGGAAAAGGAAGAGAUGUGCAAGAGUCUAUGGUAAAAGCAACAAAAAGCAAAAACAACUGUCCUGUUUAGUUUUAGACUAUCCUCCCUCUAAUGUGUUUAUGGAUAAAUGUGUGGAGUCUAAAGAGAAAAAGAUAGGCAAGAUGUUUACCAAUGAUUCAAAUGACCACUGUGAAUUUGAAACCAUAUCAGUUGAUGAUGCUAACAUGCUUGAGAUGUGUCACAAAAGCUCAGUUGAGAGUUCUACAGAGAGCACAUGUCCCUCAAAAGAUUACCUAAUGGAUCAUCAGACUGCUUAUGAGGAAAAUGCAGAAACUGACAUAAGAGAAUUCCUGUGUGAGACUGAGGGCACAAUUACACAACCUAUAGUACCUCAGGAUGAAUUUCAAGGUACUGACAAAGAAAACACAGUGUCAUCGGUUUCGCAACAAGAUUGUAAACCAGAAGUUUCUAGCACAGCUUCCCCUUACCAACUAGUCUGUGUACAAGAAAAUGACUCUCACUCCCCAAGCAUCGAGAUCCCAAACAUUGCUACCAUAAAGCUUCCUGUACCCUUUUUUGAGCCUGGGAGGGAUAUGCCAUUGAUUGAGCCCAUUGCAAGCACUGAAUUGAUAGACCCUGUAAGACCUGACAAAAACCCUAUUGAGCGAAAGGGUAGGAAACGCAUUGAACCUGGACUGAAACCCAAGGAUAAGCAGUAUAAAUGCAAAGUGUGUUUCACAUGGUUUCUCACUUUAGGCGAACUUGAUUUCCAUAAGCUCUCUCACAAUCCUUCACCUCCCCCAACUUGCUAUAUGUGCGUCCAGCGCAAAUUUAGCUCGCGUGAACAGCUUCGGGAUCAUCUCAGGGAGAAACACGCCAAGAACAAAGCAGGUGUUUGGACUUGUGGCAUGUGCUUGAAAGAAAUCUCAGACGUCUGGAUGUACAAUGAACACCUGCGUGAGCAUGCCACACAAUUUGCACGAAGAGGCCAGUCACAGAGUUCGCUCUUGGACAUGCCUGGAUGUUUCAUGCAGGAAAAUGCAGUGAAGAACUUUAUAUCAUCAAUAAUGCAACAUAGACCCAGCAGAUCUACAAAAGCAGACCAUGUUAAACAAUCUAAAGUGGAGAGAAUGUCUUCCUUAGAUGGUAAAAGCCACGAACCAAACAUUACCGAAGGGUUUGAUUCCACAGCUCUGAAGAAUAAAACAAAUAUCGGAGGAGGUAAACACUGCACACUGACAACGCUUGAGGUUUUACCUAAAGCAGAAACUUCUUCAAAAAAUGCUGAGAUGCAUCCUAAUUGCAAAGACCCUUCAAGGGACUGCCACCACUGUGGAAAGCAGUUUCCAAAGCCCUUUAAGCUUCAGCGCCAUCUUGUUGUUCACAGCUUGCAAAAGAUUUUCCUAUGUCACAAAUGUCCAGUGUCUUACCAAGAGGCAAAGGAGCUUAAAGAUCACCUGAAAAAUGAGCAUGAGGAUGCAGAUGAGCCAGACUCAAAGCACACUACUCUCUAUACUUGUGAACUUUGCGCUGAUGUCAUGCACGUAAUCAAGAAGUCCUUUAUAUGCAGUACCUGCAACUAUACCUUUUCCAAAAAGGAGCAGUUUGAUCGCCACAUGGAGAAACACCUUGCUGGAGGGAACAAGAUCUUCAAGUUCAGAGGGGUUGUAAGACCUUGUAAGCCUUUUAGUUCAAGAGAUGAUAAAUCUGACAUGCCGCCAAGCAAGAAGAUGAAGGCAACUGAAAGCAACUCAGACAAUGCCAUUGAUGACACACCGUCACUCAAUUUAAACGACAGCAUGCAAGGUAUAAAAUCAGUGUUAAACAUCAUAGAUGACACUGCACAGAGUAGUUUCGAUGAGCAUUCUACAGACGCAAAUACCAGUGUGAAAAUUGAAGAUAUAACUGAGGACUUCCUUGAUGUUGCCAGGAACAUUACACAGUGCCUGGUGCAAAACAAUUCUACUGAACAGACUCUUUCCACAACCGAGGUAAAGGAGGAGGACAAUAACUGCUCACAGUCUCAAGCAAGUGAGACUUGUAAGGUCAUUACAAUUGAUAAAGAAGCUCUGACAGAGAUUUGUGAUGUUAAAAUAGAAGAUGACUGUUGUGCAGUUCCAACUACAUUAUUAGUUUCAGAAAAUCACAUAACUGAGAGUAAUAUCAAAUACAGCAGAGAAAAUGUGGAGAAAAACUCAUCAGUAAUCCUGGAAAAUGCAUCUGAACAAACAGAAAUCCAGGAUCUAAGUCUAUGCACUACACCAGUCUGCAGUCAAUUGAACAUCUUGGCAAAUCAAGACAUACAAGGACUCUCAUCUUGCAUUGGCUUUGACCUCUCAUCUGUGAGGCAGUCUUCAAGUGAGACAAACCAAUUGAAUCAGGAUCAAACAAUCAAGGAGUCAUUCUCUGUCAAAAGUAAUGAGAAUAAACAGGAUGCUCACACAACACCUAACAAUGAAAAGACAACUUCUGGUUCGGUUAAGUACAUAACUGCAGUCAGGUCUGAGGACAAUCCGAAACAAAGUUUUGAAAACAAUCCAAGGUGCCUCAGUAGCACUGAUGCUGCACUCAGUCACUCACGUCACACCAACAUUGGUCACAGCUCAACUACAGGUGAAGACAAGGACACCAAACAGAAGAAGAGGAAAGAAUUAAAGACACCUCACAGUUCUCAUAGAAUACCAUCCCCAACAGCUAGAGAAAAUCUUGGCAUUGACCCAAGGUUAAAAAAGAAGUUCAGACCCAACAGGUGUGAAAAUAUUGAUGGACAACGAAAAUCAGAUCUUCACAAUGAAUAUCCAGUGCUUACCUCGGUUAAGGAUGACACAGUCAGUAAUAAGAUAGUCACCAAGAACAAGAUAGGGUCUUCCACUCUUGGCCUUCAAUUAAAGAAAAGUUCUGUAGAUAGCUUUUCGCCUAAAAAGGUGGACAUUGUACGUCACUUCAAUGGGGAUUACAAAGGGAAAAAGAGCGUUCCUGGAAAACCCAUUCAUUCCCCUUCUUCAAGGAUGUCCACCAUAAACAAUUCAGCAAAUAAAUCACGGCCCAAACCAGGGGUCAGAUCCAUAGAGACUCAGUCAUAUCGUACUGCAGAGUCACAAAACAACCUCCUCAAUCAGCUGUUUGGCCAAAGACUUACUAGCUUUAAAAUUCCUUUAAGGAAGGACAGUUCUGAAUCCAUCAAUUAAGGUUUAAAUGGAUGCAAUUAAUGAGGAGAUGAUUAAGUGAUCCACUAGGCGUGUGAUUAUGGCAAUUUAUUCAUGAGACUAGGAUUGUAUGGCCCUCCUCUGUGAAAUAAUUUAUUUUCACUUUGUUUAGUCACUUUAUUGCAUUCCUCUUGUACAUGUGUAUUUACAUAUAUGUGAAGACCAACAACAAAAUUUAUGAACAUAAGAUGAAUUUGUUGGUUACAAAUAAGUUUAUUUUUUUCUCUAUUUUAUAGUUAAGCAUUAUCUCUAAGAGACUGUAUUUCAUAUCAGCAAAGAAAAAUGUUUGGGAAAAAAGUUUACUUGAAAAUGAACUGAGACUAUUUUGUUUUCCAAAAAAUGCAUGACACUUACAUUACAUGUUCUUAGAUGUUUUCCUAGCAACAGGACCAAAGGACAUCGUAAAUCUGACAUCGGUGUCAGUGUGCCUAUUUUAUAUGCUUCAGAAAAUUACUCUUUUAUAAUCUUUCACUUUACUGUAUUGCGGAGACACUCAUAAGUAUUAGCUUUUCUAUCCACACUAAUUGGUGCUAUACUAUUUUAUUAUUAUUAUUUGCGUAAUGUGAACACAAUUGUCUUAUAACUGAAGGGAACAUGUAGCAAUUAUUAAUCAACUCAUUGCUGGUACUCAGCAGUUUUGGAGAAAGGGACAAAAACAUUACUGUGUAUAGAGCAAUCAAAAGAAAUGGUUCAUGUGUGUCCUAAUUUGAGCUUUUCGGAGGAGGGCAGAGGAAUAGUUUUUUCUUUCACAAACUUUUCACAUACUGCAAGUUAAAUUUCAAAUGUAAUAUGAACUCAGGUGCUAUCAAGGACAAUUAUUGCGCAUGAAACCCUUAGGAAUUUUUCCCAUGCACUGAUGUUUUCACAAACCCUCCACAUGAUCAUGUCCCCCUGUUCUUUAAUAAUUCCUAUUUACGAGAACAAAAGGUGCUUUGUUUAUAUGUAUCGUAUAUUGUAUAAUAUUGUAGGUAGAUUGUUUCCAGUGCAAUGCGUAAUGUCAAAGUUCUAUUUUAAUAAUGUGCAAAAGAUGAAGAGUAAAGAAAGGGAAAUGCAGAGCCUACUUAAAGCUCCUGAGUGGAUCACAAAGUGUAUCAUAUAAACUUUGUUAUUAAACUUCUUU